UUUUAUUCGAAUGUUUUUGAUGUAAUUAAAAUAUCAGCGUGACAUUCCGUGUUUACUCCACGAGUCUGUGCAAAAGCUGUAUGAUUCCAAAGGUGUUCACGUGUCACAAAUGUGUUUAUUUGACAUCAUACAUGCAGGUUUCAGUUUUACCACGCUAGAAGUUGUGGAUCGCGCUGGAUUUUGUCAUUUAAUUAUCGGUUGUUGUUUGACUCGAGCUCUCAAGCGUAACUCACAUUUUCAAACCCCGAAGUUGUUGUUUCAUAAAUGUAUUCUUGGAGAUAUUGUCGAAGCUAUUCGACUGUUUUCAUCGCUGAGCCUCGAAGCGCAAGGUUGUGGUGACGUAGUGCACAACACCGCGGUGACGUUCUCACUGUUGUUGGCGCGGUAAACACUGCAAGUUCUAAGCAGCUUUGCAUGAAACAGCCCAGUUAACCUCGACAAGGCCUCUGUCGCUAUGCGCUCAGAAACUGCAUGAAACGUCGUCAAAACAAGGCCCAGAUCUCGUCGCUUGAUCGAUGUGAAGCCGACCCGCGCUCGGACUCGGUUGCUUCGACCAUCAUGUUAGUGAACUCAACGCGCGGUUUCCUGUGGUCGGACCUGGAGACCCGAGCGCUGCUGAAUAUCUGGGGCGAGCACGACGUGCAGACGGCGCUGGACGGGAACUUUAGGAACAGCCACGUUUACCGAGACGUCGCGAACCGUUUGUGCGAACUGGGCUUCGAUAGGACACCGGACCAGUGCAGAAUACGGGUUAAGAGCUUAAAGAGGCAGUAUUUCCAAGCGAAGGAGGGAUCCAGGAAAAAUGGGCAGUACCACAAGAUGUGCAAGUUCUACGACGAGAUGGAGAGGAUACUGAGCAAUAGAUCCUUGUUAGAGAGGCAGGAUAUCGAUAGUGUUGCUGUUGGGGGAGAUGAAACGAUGGAUGAAGAUGCUGAGAGUACUGAACUCUUGCAGGAGGCUCACAUGGAUGGCAGCGGGGAAUGCUCCUUUAUGGAGCACCCGGUCAAAACUGAGUACCCACCCUGCCCCAUUCCGGUGACCGUGGGAGGCAUGAGUUCGUUUCCAACCAAACCGAGCAGCCUGACCAAGAACAACCCGCCGGCGAGCUCGUCCACCAGGCCUCGGAGAAGCAAGAAGCGAUUCGCGAACAUGUCGCUGGAGAAGCUGAUGGAGAAGUUCCUGGAGCAGAGCAUGGAAGCAGAAGACAACUUCUACAGACUUGAGCAGCAGCGUCUUCAGGCUGAGGAUAAGCGCAGAGAAGAGGAGCAUUCCCGAGAGCUGCAGAUGCUACAGAUGUUGGGCCAGAUUUUUAAUGGCAUUAGCACACCCUCUCCCGCUCUGCCGCCCUCUUGUAUCCCCCAGACUAUCCCCACCGUACCCCUCACGCGCCCGCCUUGUGGGAAUCGUAACCAUCCACCCGCCUUGAACGAGUUUGCCAGCCACAGCCAAGCAGCUGGCCCAGGUCUGCUCAUGGAAGAGGGUGAAACUCAAUUCAUAGAGCGCUCUUUCUCUCUGGGAACUGCAAGAAUGGACAGUGUGAUUCCACUUGUAAGAAAGACAAUUCCUCCACUUACAUCCAAAAAACACAAGGGUCAGGACGGACGCAUUGGAAUCAUUGGAGGAUGUCAAGAGUACACAGGAGCACCUUUCUUUGCAGCUAUUUCAGCUUUAAAAGUGGGAGCCGAUCUGUCUCAUGUGUUCUGCACCAAAGAUGCAGCUCCAGUCAUCAAGUCCUACAGUCCUGAACUCAUCGUCCAUCCAGUGCUAGAUGGUCCCAAUGCUGUGGAGGAGAUGGAGAAAUGGCUGCCCAGGCUUCACAGUCUUGUUGUGGGACCAGGUCUGGGGAGGGAAGAGAUGCUUCUGAAGAAUGCUAAGGAGAUUAUUGAGAGGGCCAAACUCAGAGGAAUACCAAUCAUCAUUGAUGCUGAUGGACUUUGGUUAGUGGCUAAAGAACCGUCAGUCAUUCAAGGAUAUCAGAGAGGCAUCCUCACACCCAACUUUAUGGAGUUUACUCGUCUGUAUGAGGCAAUGCAUCAUGAACCUCUGGACAGCACCGACCACAAGAGAAGUGCUCAGCAGCUCAGCAUCGCCAUGGGCCACCUUACCUUGGUUCUGAAGGGGGAGGAGGACAUUAUUACUGACGGAAAUAACAUGCUGACCUGUAGUCAAGAGGGCAGUGGGCGGCGCUGUGGGGGACAGGGAGAUCUGCUCUCCGGUUCCUUAGGAGUCUUCGCCCACUGGGCGUUCAGCUCACCUCCAGAUGCAACCAAAGGCAUGAAUCCCUCACUGGUGGCUGCAUUCGGUGCUACGUCUCUGACAAGGCAGUGUAAUCGCCAGGCCUUCCACAAACACAGCAGAUCGACCACCACCUCUGACAUGAUCCAGGAGAUAAGCAGCGCUUUCAAGAAGUUGUUUGAAAGCUAAACCUGCGUGUGUUUUCAUAUCUCUUUUCUUGGACAUUAUAAAGACUAAAGGUCUGCAUCUCAGUGCUACUCAUAUCAAAUAAAAGUGAAGUACAUUGUUGAGCA